AUGAGGGAACGAUGGUCAAACGGUCAAUGUUUAGGAGCCGUUGGACCCAUUUCGUUGGAAGCUUACUCUGACUCCAUUACUGCCUUCUUCUUCUUCUUCUUCUUCUUCUUCUUCUCCUUUUUCUUCGUCUUCUUCGCUCCCAUUUCUGAAAAUUUGUGUCUGCAUUUGGACGCAAACGGAAUUGGAGAGGAAGGAGUAGCAAUGGCGGCGUCUGGAAAAUGGAUUCGAUUGGUUCUUCUCGUGGUGUUCAUGUUGUUCGUCGGGACAAUUGCCAGAGUUCCCAAAGAAAUUUCUCAAACUCAGAAUGGGGCAACUGAGAUGUUGCAGAGCUCGAGCAACUCAUCAAUGGCAGUGAGGUUGGACGAGGUUGAGGCUCUCGAUAACAAGCAUGCCGUGGACAACCCAGAAGAGAUCGCUGCUAUGGUUGACAUGAGUAUCCGCAAUGCCACUGCUAGGAGGGAGCUCGGUUUCUUCUCAUGUGGAACUGGCAAUCCCAUUGAUGACUGCUGGCGUUGCGACCCCAAUUGGCAACAGAACCGCAAACGUCUGGCAGAUUGUGGCAUUGGCUUCGGCCGGAAUGCCAUCGGUGGUCGGGACGGCCGAUUCUACGUCGUCACUGAUUCCGGCGACGACAACCCGGUCAACCCAAUGCCCGGCACCUUGCGCCAUGCGGUCAUCCAGGAUGAACCUCUCUGGAUUGUGUUCAAAAGGGACAUGGUGAUACAGCUGAAACAGGAGCUGAUCAUGAAUAGUUUCAAGACAAUUGAUGCCCGUGGGGCCAAUGUUCACAUUGCCAAUGGCGCUUGCAUAACAAUCCAGUUUGUGACCAAUGUCAUUGUUCAUGGUCUGAACAUCCAUGACUGCAAGCCCACUGGAAACGCCAUGGUAAGAAGCUCGCCCAAUCAUGUUGGGUGGAGAACAAUGGCUGAUGGGGAUGCCAUUUCCAUUUUUGGGUCGAGUCAUAUUUGGAUCGAUCACAAUUCACUUUCUAACUGUGCUGAUGGACUCGUUGAUGCUGUGAUGGGAUCCACUGCAAUUACCAUCACCAGCAAUUACUUCACCCACCACAAUGAGGUAAUGUUAUUGGGGCACAGUGACUCUUAUGUAAGAGACAAACAAAUGCAAGUGACCAUUGCUUACAAUCACUUUGGAGAAGGCCUCAUCCAAAGAAUGCCAAGGUGCAGACACGGAUACUUCCAUGUGGUGAACAAUGAUUAUACCCAUUGGGAGAUGUAUGCCAUCGGUGGAAGUGCAAACCCAACCAUCAACAGCCAGGGUAACAGAUAUGCUGCCCCAACCAAUCCUUUUGCAAAAGAGGUGACCAAGAGGGUUGAGACAGCUGAAACUGAGUGGAAAAGCUGGAAUUGGAGAUCAGAAGGAGACCUAUUGUUGAAUGGUGCGUUCUUCACUCCAUCUGGUGCAGGGGCCUCAGCAAGCUACGCCAGAGCCUCAAGCUUGGGAGCUAAAUCCUCAUCCAUGGUUGCUUCCAUAACAUCCAGCGCCGGAGCGCUUUCCUGCCGCCGCGGCCAUCCCUGCUAGCGCUCCGGCCGCCGGUCACAGAACCUCCCUCUAUUAUUUUCCUGUGAAUUUUUCAAAUAUUUACUUACAAUAGCCUUACCCCAAUAUCCAUAUUCUAUCAAUUGAUAUCUCCUUCCAAUCCUCUCUGUCUCUGCCACAUCUGAAAACUAAGUGUACAUUUUCUGUCGUCUCAUCACAGAGACGUUUCCCAUUGAACUCAUCCCAGUUUCAGUUUGCUGUUUGUUGAGACUCUGAAAUCAAUGGCUCAACCUCGGCCUGCUUCAUCUUUAAAAAAGCCACAAUUGCCAUUCAACAAGCAGGUGCGGAAGCGUUGUUCUUGUUCUUUUUAUUACCUUCUCAGUUUCCUCCCACUUUUCUUCUUCUUCCUUCAACUAUCAUUGGUACUCUUUUAUGUGUAUUGUUCUGUCUUCUGGUUCUUGUUGGAGUGUUUUUGUUCUUUCUUUUUUUUUCACCCAUUUUACACUUUUGUUCUGUCUAGUGAUACAAGCUAUAGUAUGUUUGUCAAACAUUGAAUUAUUGAAGCAAAAGUUUGCUCAAGAUUAUAGCAAAUAUUGUUGAUA